AUGGAGGGCUCCGCGGAACCGCUGAGCCCGCUCUGCCGCUCCUACAUCUACGCCAUCCACGGCUACUUCUGCGAGAUCCUUUUCGUGGUGCUUAUCCUGGACCAGGACUGGGUCUUCCAGGGAGCCCUCAGCGCCUGCUCCCUCCUGGUCUACGGGACCUGCGGGCUGGGCAUGGAGGGCAUCUACCUGCAGCUGCGGGGGGACUGCUGCCUGCUGACCCGCUGCGUCCUCUACACCGGCUGCAUCUACCUCUGGCAGUUUGCCACCGGCUACCUGCUGCGCUGCCUGGGCGCCUGUCCCUGGGACCACGGCCACUUGCGCUACAACUUCAUGGGCCUGGUCGCCCUGGAGCACGGCCUGCUUUUUUUUGUGGGGGCCCUCCUGCUGGAGAGGCUGGUCAUCGCCCCCACCCUGCGCCUGCGCCUGGCCCCGGUCUGGAAACCCAAGGAGCGCCCCCUCCCCAAGUUUGAGCUGACCCACAACUGA